AUGGUUUAUGAACUACCUUUCCAACCGUUUCCAGCAACUAUGAGCACCGAUAUCAACUUGAAACAAUUAAUUGUCGCUGUUGUCAAUACUCUCGACGCUUUUCAAUUGCAGAAGGGUGUUUUCUUUAUGAAAAAUGUAUUAGAUGCUGUUAAUAACGAUAGUAGUAAUGAAAAACUAUUGGAAGAAAUGAAACAAAACCUGGUACAUUUAAACAUUAAGACCGAGUUGAUUGAUAUUAAUAAUGAAUUACGACAUUAUAUUUGGUCAGUUGUUGAAAAUAUACUUAGAGCAACCGUUAUUGAUAGAAAGUUUGUUACACGAAACGUAAACAAAUUCAUCGAUGGAUUACAACCAUUUGUCCGUACAAAUGAGCAACAAGUGGCUUUAGAUGAACUAAUUUCAGCAAAAGAAGAUGUGCUCGGUAUCGAAAUGAGGCAUCGUACAGCAUAUAGAAAGCAGAAAAAUUGUGCUUCAACGUUAAUCGAAGACAAUGGAAGUAAUGAUGAAUUACAGAUGACUCGUGAAUUACAAUCGGAUUGUUGA